AUGGGCAUGUCUUCUCCCGCAGUGAUAGAUCUAACGAGCGAUGAUGAAGCAGAUAGCAGCGUUGAUUAUGAUGCCUUGUGCCGACGUUUUGUCGAAAUUACCGGUUCUGAUUCUGCAUGUGCACAUAUGUUCCUACAAAAUUAUGACUGGAAUCUGGACAAUGCUGUGAGUACGUUUUUCGAAGUAGCAGGACCCGCUCCGACAAGCCCGGAUAAUGGAUCCGGCUGCAAGAUUCCCGAGAUUAAGAUUUUGUCAUGGAACAUCGAUGGGCUGAGGCCUCAGAGUAGAGUGACGAGGGCAAAGGCUGUUGCUACGGUCGUUUUGCAGGAACUGCCUACUUUCGUGUUUCUUCAAGAAGUCGUAGCCGAAAAUUUGACCGUUCUGAAUGGUAUGCUCAGUACACAGUACGAAUGUUAUGCUGGAACCCAGGAAUAUACGUAUUUUACGGUGAUUUACGUCAGAAAGGGCACCGCUAAGCGCACGCACAAGGAGACUGUUCCAUUUUCUCAGACUUCGAUGGGUCGCGAGAUGGUCAUUGUCAAGUUAGAAGGCGGACAAUGUCCAUGCGUCCUUGUGGCCACUCAUUUGGAAAGUACGGCUAGAUUUCGGCGCGAACGAAUAUCUCAGCUAAACGAAGUUUAUACGUUCAUUACCGCGAAAGUUGACUCUGCACAAACCGUCUUUUUCGGCGGUGACUUAAACCUUCGAGAUGCAGAGUUUGUGGAAAGUAGCUGUGACCCGUCGAAGGUCGUCGAUCUCUGGGAAGUUUGCGGGUCAUCGAAGGCUACACAGUAUACGUGGGACUGCACGAAAAACGACACCUUACAUUUGGACGGUAAAUUCUUGCCGCGAAAUCGAUUUGAUCGCUUGUACAUGAGACCGUCUAUACCUCGGGCAUUCAAGCCAAAGGAGUUUCGCUUGGUCGGAAUACAUCGAAUCCGGGCUACUAUGUGCUUUCCGAGUGACCAUUUUGGAAUACUGUCGGUACUUGAUGUACUCUGA